GUUGGCUGUGAGGGAGGCGGAGGGGCCUCUACACCCUUGACACUGAGCUUAGGCUUUCAAUGAUUUGUAAUGAAUAGGGUCCCAGGAAGAGCAGAGGGCAAUCUGAGCCAAGGUGCAUUGGUCCUGCAAGUGGAGAUGACUCUGGCAGUCAGUGUCCUGCUGACCUUGGUGCUGAGUAGCUGUGGUUCCUGGGGACAAGGCUGGCCGUCUAUUAAGUGUGGCUUUGAAAAUGGUCCUGCUCAUGAGUUGAGAAAGUGGCACAGUCUAACACCGGCAGAUCUUCAUAAUCUCAGUGCCCAGUUAAUUGAAACAGAAGUGGAUACACACUUCAGGUCAUAUCUUAUAAAUAUCAGCUGGAGCCUCAGCAUGGAUGCCAGCAUCAAAGAACUGACAGCCACAAAGAUCUGUGUGAUGAGUAAAGGAACCAGAGACCAUUUUGAGUGUAUUCGGUGCAAUUACACAGAGAAGUUUCAAAGUCAAACCAUGUUUGGGAAUAGAAGAUGGCAGUUCCACUACAUUGGAUUCCCUGUAGAACCAGAAAUGUUUUAUUCUAUCAGUGCUUACAACCUUCCCCCAGCAAAUAUACAUGAGGAUUCUCCAUCAAAAUCCAUCACGUUAACUUCACCAGGUUGUAAAGAUAAUGUAAUGAAAUACAGCAAAAGUUGCAUAGAAAUGGGAAGUCUGUGGAAUCCAAAUAUAACUGCAUGUAAAAUAGAGGCAGAAGUGGAAGUGAAUUUUACCACAAGUAGCCUUGGGACCAAAUAUACCAUACUUCUCUGUGAGUGUGAGAAAUGUGAUGUACCCAUUGAACGGGAUUUGACGACAAAGAUCAAUGAAACUAGAACUUCUAUUAGAAUACCAGUGAGUGAUCAAAGCAACAAUAUUUCUGUACAGAUAAUUCCGUAUUUUGCCAAAUGUGAAUAUGAUUGUCGAAGGCACAAAGGAACUCUAACAACAUGUGUUCAAAACCACAGUAAUGGGACCACCACAAUUGAUGCAGCUGGAAGAUAUGUGUGUUUCAUCCUUGUUGCUUUAUUUGUAACCAUGUGUGUGAUUGCUGCUGUAGUAUUUUUCAGGAACCAUGCUACAACGAAAAUGUUCUUCCAUCGUGCAGAGCUACAACAACCUGUUAAAGUACUGGUUAUAUAUCCAAAAGAAGUGUGUUUUCAGCAUACUGUCCUGGCUUUUGCUGAAUUUCUGCACAAGCACUGUCAAAGUGAUGUCAUUAUCGAUGUGUGGCAGAAAAGGAGAAUUGCUGAACAAGGCCCCGUACAAUGGCUUGCUAUUCAGAAAGAAAUUGCAGAUAAGAUAAUUUUCCUCAGUUCAAGCUCUAUCAUUACUGAGUGUGAUGCUGUUUGCCACAAAAGCAUAGGAAACCACAAAGAUAACUCUGAGUGUAUGUUCACUCUUGCAUUUAACCUCUUCUGCAGUGACGUGAAAAAUAUAUCUUCUCUGCACAAAUACAUGGUGGUUUCUUUCAAUGAAAUAAAUUCAAAAGACACUCUCCCAUGUGCUCUCAAGAGCUGUCCAAAAUAUUGUCUUAUGAAGGACAUUGACAUCUUUUGUAGAGAUCUUUCUAGUUCACAGAGGCAGGCCCAUAGCACAAAUAGAAAAUUAGUGUGUGGCUGGAGAUCUACCACCAAAUGUAUACAAACUGAGGAAUACAAUAUAUUAUGUUCUACAAUAUCAACACAGUCUCAGCAGCAGCAGGAUAUGAUUUUUUAAGGCAUUUGAUGGAUUUGAAAGGAGUUUGCUUGGGUGAAAUUAAUUGUGGAUAAAACAAGCUUUACUUUCAGCCUCUUCACUGCUUAAUUGCAGGCUCAGGGCAAAAAUCAGUUAA